AUGGUAGCCAAUAACUAUCUUAAUGAUGGUAUUCCGAAUACUGAGGUUGUAGAGCUCAUUGUUUUAGGAUUUACUGGGAAACUGUUGCAUUGGUGGAACAACUGUAUGACAGCAGCUUCCAAGGAAGAUAUUAAGCAUGCUGUUCAAAAAGAUGAGGAAGAGAACCCUAUCUUUGAUGAACGCAUAGGAAGAGGUGUUCCCGAUGGAGUCAAUCCCCUGAUCUACACGAUCAUGAAACACUUCAUAGGUAAAUCCAGCAAUAUCACAUCUAGGAUUUACGACCAGUUGAGUAACCUUAGAUGUAAGAACCUUGGAGAAUACCGGUGGUAUGAAGAUGUGUUUACCACCCGUGUCAUGCAUAGAAGCGAUUGUAACUCUCCAUUUUGGAAGGAGAAGUUCAUCAAUGGCUUACCCACACUGUUUGGACAGAAGGUCAAAGAAACUCUUGCCAGCUCUUUAGGAGUCAUAGAUUAUGAUAACCUAACCUAUGGAGACAUCUCUAGCACAAUCCGAAAUGAAGGGAUGAAGAUGUGUAGAGAUCUUAAAAUCCAGAGCCAGGCCAACAAGAGCAAAACCAAGUACGAAAUAGGAAAUUUUUGUACCCAAUAUGGCUUACCUUCAAUCAUCCCCAAGAGGAAAUCCAAACACAGAGGUGAAGAACCCUCUGAGAAAUCUCAUAGGAAGAAACCUGCCUCUAAACAUUAUAGGAAACAUAAGUUCAAAACUGAUGAUUUCUAUAAGAAAGGCAGAUCCCAAUCUAGGUCCCAACCCACAGGCAAAUUCACACCUAAAGCAUCAGGAACGUGCUAUCAGUGUGGAAAGAAAGGUCAUUUCAAAAAAGAUUGUCAAGCUAAGGCCAAAACCCUUAUCAAUACACUCAUUAGUGACCAAACCAACAAGGAUGAGAUCUUCAAACUCUUAGAACUCGAUCACCUAAGCAGUGAAUCCAGUGACCAGGAGAAACAUCAGUUGUUUAGGACAUCUUCUGAAACCUCUAGAGUAUCUUCCAGUUCCUCUAGUGAAACAGACGAAAUCCUAGCCUGUCAGGAUAGUUGUUGUAGAAACAAAACUAUCCAUGUUCUUUCUAAGCAAGAAGAGCUGCUCCUAGAUCUCAUAGAACAGAUCAGGGAUCCAGAAGAAAAAUCUCAAAGACUUAGUGAGUUCCACAAAACCCUAGUCAAGGAAGGCAGUACAUCCAAACCUAGGUUUCAGGAACCCAAAGUUGACUUGGAAAAAAUCUACAAUAGGUUUACUAAAUCCAAGAAAAAAGUGACCAUUCAAGAUCUCUAA